UUGGUGAAUUAGAAAAAAAAUUGUGGAUAUAGUCUCUCGAGGACAUCGUCUUAUUCUGUAACACAAUGCUCAUUAGAUUAAUCUCGUAUUGUCCAUCACUCCGGACUAGACUAACGCAUGCGCCCAUUUCCAGGGCCGCGCAGGCAACACUAGUAUUUGUGCGCGAAAUCGAUUAUUCGCGGGUAGUUUUCAGUCGUAGUUGCGCCUUCCUGGUGGUAUCAGAAUAAUAAUACCAUUAUCAAUAGUCAAAUAUAAUAAUGGGAAAGAGAUUUGAGACGAUAGCCGCGAUGGCUUGCAUGACGACUCUCCUGAUGUUAUUCAACUUCGUAUUUUGGUGCAGCGGAAUGAUAAUGCUAGUUGUCGGGAUAUGGAUGCGGAUGCAGUUGCGCGAUUAUGUUGACAUGAGUGCUGAAGGCAGUGGAACUGCUCUUCUGGGCUUGGCAUGUCUUGGGGCACUCGUUGCCUUCAUCGCAACCCUCGCCUGUUGCUGCACAGCAAAAGGACAUCCAGCAUUACUAUACGUGUAUGGAGCCUUCUUAGCAGUGAUUGCUCUCCUGGAGUUGGCAGCAGGAGCUUCUAUCUACACAUAUCGUAAUUGUCUAACCGACGGCUUCGACCUGGGGUUGAACCAGAGUCUCGCUCGCUAUGGGACCGACACGAAUACGAAAAGCCGAUUUGAUACCAUGCAGAGGACGCUUCAUUGCUGUGGUAACCGAGCUUCCACCGAUUGGGUGGACUUGAAGCCACCGAAGGACAUUCCCAAGUCCUGUUGCAAGAUCAAUGAAGAUCUGUGCGACCCUACUAUCCGCAGUGACAUUUAUACUGAGGGCUGUUACAAUCGUGUAAUUGAUUUCAUUAACUCCAACAUUGGUCUAGUAGCGGGAGGUGCCGUUGGCGUGGCCUUUUUCCCAUUAAUUGGCGUCUUCCUCGCUUGCUGUCUUGCGAGUAAUAUUAAUAAAGCCAAGUAUGAGCAGGUGGCAUAGGAAGGCCCUAGCAGGGCUUAAAAUUAUCUUACAAAAGAAGAAACAGUGACUCGAGGAGUGGAGAGUAGGGACCCAAGUCGUGAUCUAGAUAGAUUUGAGUACGGGUUGACGUUUCUUCUGAUGUGAGAAGCGCCAUACUAAUUAAUUAAAAUGUAUCCAACAUUGAAAAGAUAAGAUUUGAAGGGUAAUAGGAAUUGAAGGACUUCGGGACUCUCAAUAUCAAUGUCUAUUGUUAUUCAUCCACAUACUCGCAAUGUCAAUAUUUAUUGAAGUUCAAUCCUCCAAUAUAAAUGUCUUCACGAGUUUGCUAA